CACUCCUGCUUUACAUGCUAACUUCCCCACCUCACUGAAAAUGUCUGGCAAAACAGCUGGCACCACCAACAACAUCACCCAGGCCCGCAGAACUGUCCAGCAGCUAAGAAUAGAAGCCUCCAUAGAAAGGAUAAAGGUAUCAAAAGCAUCAGCAGACCUAAUGCUCUACUGUGAAGAACACGCCAAGAAAGACCCCUUGCUAAUGGGCAUCCCUGCUUCUGAGAACCCUUUCAAGGACAAGAAGACCUGCAUUUUGUUGUAGGAGAGCAGCAGCUCCUCAC